AUAUCACUUAAACAGAUAUUUUCAAUAAAAAUAAAAAAAGAAUUAUACAAUGAAUAUAGAAAAAUUGGAAAAGUAGUAAUAGUAAAUAUUUAUUUAAUUCCGAAAUGGCAUUUAAGGAUGCUGACACGUUUAGCGAGAAGGCGAAGCAUCCGUUUCCGUCUAAGUGACUUUGUCUACUUGUGUCCCCCAGAAGCCUUAAAGCUCUUCUCUGCUUUGAAAAUGGCUGAUUGGGGCCCGGUGGUGAUCGCAGUGGUGCUGUUCGUGCUGUUAAGCCCGGGGCUUCUGUUUCAGAUGCCAGCCAGGGGAAGGGUAGCAGAGUUUGGGAACAUGCAAACCAGUGGGGCCUCCAUUUUGGUUCACGCCAUCAUCUACUUUGGCCUCAUCACUAUCUUCCUCAUUGCCAUUGGCGUUCACAUCUACACUGGCUAACUCCUGGAUCUGGUUCAGUUUCACCCAUCUAUGUUUAUCUCUGCCUUUUAUUUAGUCUUUUUAGCUUUACAAUAAUUUCCUUGUUUGAUCUCUAUGUAUCUUAUGUGGGGUUGGGUCAUGGGUGCCCAGAAAAAAACAAUAGAUUCAGAUAAGGAUGAUGCUGCUGUGUGUGUGUGUUUUUUUUUUAUUUUUUAUCAAGAUAGUAUGGAUCAUGAUCCUUUUUGCUUUGUGACGGUGAACAUUAUUUACAACGUUGGUAUUAUUAUUAUUAUUA